GUUCUUGUGUAUGUUAUUUCAUGUUCUUUCUCUCGCACUCAGCUAGUCUUUUUGUCUUUUCUAUAUCUUGUCGCAUAAUAUGUUUUGGAAUUGUGUUGUAAGAGUUAUGGCUAUAUGGAUCCUCAGAAUAAGCUACAUAGUAACCCAAUACACAUCAUUGCAGCAGCCCAAGAAACUCUCCCCUGAGGUAACAUACUAAAGCCGUUUUGAUUCUUCUUCCUCCAAUUUGAUAGUGAGAUAUUACCCCGAAGUAUUGGAUGAUGAAAGCAUUGAGAGUCAGCUGAAAGGAGUAAAAUCCUUAUGGAUGGAUCAUAUAUUCAGAGAUUGCACCAGUUGCAUUUUAGGUCGAGAAGUUUUGUAAAAAAUCAUAAAAAAAGGUUUUGAACCCAAGGAGAUAAAUUUUGGACCUUUUGGACCAUAACAAUCAUAUACAACUGUUACUCGGUUUAGCCAUCCAAACCAUAUACAAUUCAGAAAAGAAAAGAUGAAGAACUUUGUUGUAAGUGAACUCGUUUUUUGUAUAAUUAAAUUUCCUCUUCUCGAUGUAAAUUUCCUGAAAUCACAUUAUUCAAAGUGCAAGUAUUUUUAGCUAACUCAAAAUAUUUCAGCUAAAACUACUAUAUACUUGCACAUAGUUUUGAAAAAACGAGUUCACAUAAUGUAUCAGAUCAUUACAAGCAAAUCAUCUGAGCCGUGACAGCUUCUUAACACAACUCGCCACGAAACCGGCUUUGAAUUAAUAAUGACAAUCAUAUAAUGUAAGCAUCAAUAAUACUAUUCCCAAACCUCAUUGUCGCUUUUCUCAGUAACAAGUUUCUUUCUGUUUUUAACAUUUUCAUAUCUCAUUUCAGUCGCUUACACUGAUUUUUAGUUGUAUAAGAAUAUUCAUGAUACAACAUCCCCGAUCCAAAAUUUAAGCAUUGUUGUGGGUACAUGACAUGGAACACUUGUUGUGGUAUGUAUGCUUUGAUGUAUAUAUAUUCGUUAACUAGUCGUCUUUUCAUUAGAACAAAAUCCAUUAAAAAGAGUUUUAAGAAAUUAAAUAUUGCCUCAAUUCAUAAGUUGGUCUGGUGCAAUUAUAUUCGGUUGUUGUACAUGUGCCAUUGACUAAAAUUAAAUGAAACAGAUACAAUUAACGGUAAUGCCUAAAACUUAAAUCUGUUGUAUGUCCAUCAAAUCAUUCUCAAUCAUCAUAUAAUUGUCUUAUUAAUAUAUACAUACAAUUAGUUUAGACUAAAUUUAAAGCCAAAUGGUUUUAAAGAAAAUCCGUUCCUAGUACUUACUAUCAUAUAUAUCAUUUAAAAUAAAUCUUUAUUUCUAUUGACCUCUUUGAAAAUCGAAAUCGGCAAAGAAAAACUGAAAGUGAUAUAGAUUACGAUGAUACUGCCACCUUAUCGACCAUGUAAUGAAUUACACUUAUACUAUUAUCUACUUAGCUGGAUCAAAUUUUCAGCAUGUAAUAUAAAGUAUAAAAAAAAUUAUAACAUAGCAAAGGAAUGUUCACAAAGUUGCUCCCACGUCUUUGAAAAAGUUUAAUUCUCUCAAUAAUAUUAUAACCUUUGACUUUCACAUGUAUUCGGCACAUAUGAAGAGAUAUAUUAAUUUUAUAAAUUUGAAUUGUUCUCACGUCGGUUGAGUUCUUAGUAUAUAUACGUUAUGGUUGAUCUCCAAUGUCUUACAAUUCCUUCCAUUAGAAGAAAAACUUCUUAUCUACAAAAAUGAUGAAGUUUUCUUCUAUUCUUGUGCUUUUCUUUAUUUUCCCGAUCGCAUUUGCUCAACUACGGGUCGGGUUUUAUAGCCGGUCAUGCCCUCAAGCCGAGACCAUCGUACGCAAUCUUGUGCGCCAACGGUUUGGUGUUGACCCAACCGUCACAGCCGCUUUGCUCCGUAUGCAUUUCCACGACUGUUUCGUUAGGGGCUGCGACGCUUCCCUUCUCAUUGACGCACCCAACUCUGAGAAAACGGCCGGACCAAACGGAAGCGUUAGAGAAUUUGCCCUCAUCGACCAGAUCAAGGCUCAGCUAGAGGCCGCAUGUCCCUCCACGGUCUCAUGCGCUGACAUCAUCACACUAGCGACACGUGACUCCGUGGCCUUAGCCGGAGGCCCGAGCUACAGCAUUCCCACGGGAAGGCGCGAUGGUUUGGUCUCAAACGAUGUUGACGUCGCCCUUCCGGGUCCAACAAUCUCCGUUGCCGGAGCCGUCAGUUUGUUUACGGACAAAGGGAUGAACGUGUUCGACGCUGUGGCUCUUAUAGGUGCACAUACCGUUGGUAAGGGAAACUGUGGUCUGUUCAGUGACAGGUUCACGAAUUUCCAAGGAACCGGACGACCUGACCCGGCCAUGGACCCAGCUUUGGUUUCCAGUUUAAGGAACACAUGUGCAAACAGCGCGACAGCUUCUCUAGACCAGUCGACUCCACUAAGGUUCGACAACCAAUUCUUCAAGCAGCUCCGUAAAAAGAGAGGAGUGUUUCAGGUUGACCAGCGUCUCGCGACAGACCGACAGACUCGUGGUGUUGUGGCUCGAUAUGCAAACAACAAUGCUUACUUCAAACGUCAGUUUGUUAGAGCAAUGAUAAAGAUGGGAGCCGUUGAUGUGCUUACCGGUAGUGCUGGUCAAAUCAGGAGAAACUGCAGGAGAUUCAACUAAUGAAUUUGAUGAAUUACUACCAAGUGUGGAGAUCAUUAUAAUAUAUGAAACAUAUUGUUUCAAAUCUUAUUUGUGUUUCUAAAUAUUUUUUUGUUUUGUUGGGUUUUUCUGAUUAAAUAAGGUUUUUCGUGGAUUGGAUUUACGGUUUUAAUUCUCGAAAAACAUAACUAUAUGCUGGUCUAAUAUGGAGGAUGUAUCUUAUUCUCAUGCGAUUAUUUUGUGGCAUUGACAAUAUUGGUCAAGUAUCUUUGUCAUCAUUAAACAUAUAUAAAAAUUCAAUAUUUGGUU